UGUGUGUGUGUGUGUGUAUGGGUGUAAAGGGGGUCUCCGGUUUCAGGAUCCGCCCUCCAGUGUAGAAGUGGAUCUGCACACUUUCGUUCUGCUCAGUCUGCUCAGAGCAAAUCGACUAAAAAUCACACACACACACACACACACACACACACGCGCACACACACACUACAUCGAAGUCCAAAACCAGUUUAAAUCAGCGAUAGACAUCACUGCAGGAGGAGAAAAUCACUUCUAAGCGCUUGAAGGAGUUCAGAGGUUUCACAUUCAGGAAGUUCAUCAUUUCUUCUAACCUAAAGACCCUUCAGUUUUCUGUAAAUAUUGUAAACGGAGAUGUUUGGAUAGUUGUGAUGUUGGAAGAAUGUCUAAUUUAGGAGGAGCCUUGAUUCUGAAUCACAUCAUCCUGAAGGAAUUGCUCAUGUCUGGAGAUUUGUAUCAUUUAUCUGGAGCUCUAGUUGUCCUUUUCUUUUAAUUUUCCAGGAUUUUUUUCUUCUUAGAAGCACUGAUUUGGAAAUUUGAUUGCUCUUCUUGCUCUUCUCGGAAUCUUUCUGACUGGCGCUCCACUGGAAACUCCAAAUCCCCUGAAGGAACUGAGAGAGCUUUGUUCCAGUGUUUGGAGGAGCUGCUGCUCUGCUCUGCUGGGGGAAAAGUCCAACGGUUCCUUCGCCUCUGUUGAGAAGAACAGCUUCAUGUUCUGGAGCUUGUGGGUUUGUGAAGAUCUGCCCAAUUCGGAGUCACUGAUCUUCUCAGGGUCUCAGAGGAGCUUCAGUUUUGGGGAUGGUUAUCGUACCGCGGUUGGAUAUCGCGCUGUAGAGUAGAGUAUCAUCACCACGAUGUCGACUUCACCGAGCUUCGGCUUCACGCAGGAGCAGGUGGCGUGUGUGUGUGAGGUCCUUCAGCAGGGCGGAGAUCUCGAGCGACUCGGUCGCUUCCUGUGGUCGCUUCCGGCGUGCGACCGCCUGCACAAGAACGAGUCGGUGCUCCAGGCCAAAGCGGCGGUGGCUUUCCACCGAGGAGACUUCCGCGAGCUCUACCGGAUCCUCGAGAGCCACCAGUUCUCCGCGCAGAACCACGCCGGCCUGCAGCAGCUGUGGCUCAGGGCGCACUACGCGGAGGCGGAGAGGCUGCGCGGCCGCCCGCUCGGGGCCGUGGGGAAGUACCGCGUGCGACGGAAGUUCCCGCUGCCGCGCACCAUCUGGGACGGAGAAGAGACGAGCUACUGCUUCAAGGAGAAGUCGCGCUCCGUGCUGCGGGACUGGUACACACACAACCCCUACCCUUCCCCGCGAGAGAAGCGGCAGCUGGCCGACGCCACCGGACUGACCACCACACAGGUCAGCAACUGGUUCAAGAACCGCAGACAGAGAGACCGAGCCGCCGAGGCCAAGGACAGAGACAGUGGAGAUGUCAGCACUAAUAAACCUCUUCAGCUCUGCAGCUCUGAGGAGGAGGAUGAAGAGCAGCUCUCUCCACCAAGAAGCCCCGCCCCCAGACCAACCCCAAACCCCGCCCAUCGACUGCUUCACCAAGUCAACCCGAACCUGAGACCCACCAGGAACCUGAACCCGGACCCACAUGGUACCCAGACCCGGUACACACACGAGCCGCUGCUAAGAGCCUUAACAGAGACCCUCAGUGAGCCGGGACCUUAAAGCUUAUUAUUAUUAUUAUUAGUAUUAUUAUUAUGUAUUACAGCUUGUGUCACUGCAACACACACACACACACACACACACACACACACACGGUAUUUUGCACUCCAGUUGAUUGUGUGGAUUUUAUAAAAAUUUUUUGUCCAGUGUUUUUUUUUAUUAAAAAAAAAAGUUCAUUUUUUAAAAAUAAAUAAAUAAAUAAAUAAC